CUAAAGUUACUAUUUUAUUGUUCCCAGGUGUUUGCUACAACUGAUAAAGCUCUGAAGCACAAAGGAAUCAGUUGUUUCAUUGUUCCUAAACCAAUCAAUGGUCUCACAUUAGGCAAAAAAGAAAACAAAUUGGGUAUUAGAGGAUCAUCAACUUGUAACUUAAAUUUUGAAGAAUGUAAAAUUCCAAAAGAAAACCUCUUAGGGAAGCUAGGAGAGGGAUUUAAAAUUUCAAUGACCAUUCUUGAUGCUGGAAGAAUAGGUGUUGCAGGGCAAGCAUUGGGAAUUGCACAGGCUGCCCUUGAUUGUGCUAUUCACUAUGCUUCACAAAGAUUAGCUUUUGGAAAUCCUAUACUUGGGAAACAGGCAAUACAGAUGAAACUGGCUGAUAUGGAAACAAGAUUAGAAGCUGCUCGUUUGCUAACAUGGAAAGCUGCCAUGUUGAAAGAUGCUGGACAAAAUUUCACAAAGGAAUCUGCCAUGGCUAAACUUACAGCUUCUGAGACGGCGACAUUUGUGGCACAUCAGGCUAUUCAAAUAUUAGGUGCUAUGGGCUAUGUAACUGACAUGCCUGCUGAAAGGCAUUACAGAGAUGCAAGAAUAACAGAAAUUUAUGAAGGUACAAGUGAAAUUCAAAGGAUUGUUAUUGCAGGGAAUCUUACUAAAGAAUAUGGGCUCAACUAAUACUUUCCAAAUCAUAGAAAUGUAUUAAUUGAAAUUUGCAUUGUUCUAAAUGUACAUGAAUUUUUAUUGUUUUAAAUGAAAUAGAUAUACCCUAUUGUUUUAAAUAUACUUCACUUUUAUAGACUUGACUAAAGCUCUGAUCAAGCUUUGAUUAAACGCUAU